AUUUUUUUAGUCGCACUUCCUCCUUCCAUUGACCUACAUCCCUAUUCACUACAAGGGAAGUCCGAAUGACAAUGGACGAGGAUUACCUUUCCAUUCAGCUCCGGAAUUAUGGAACGAGCGAUCUAUCGUCACUUCGGAAACAAUUUACCAAAGCGAGUAGAAUCGAAAUUGAUUGUGAUCAAUGUGAAGGGGAAAUAAACUACGAUAACUUGAGUUCGCUGCUUCAAAGCCACAGUAUCAAACUUAAUUAUAUUCAGUUGACAAAUCUCGACAAGAAGUUUCAAUUAGAGUCUCUAGGGCAUUUGCCACUUUUCGUGCAGCAAAUUCACUGCUACAUGAGGGAAUCGGAGGAGUCGGGGGAUGGUGAGACCGGAGGCCGUAAAUUUCCAAAUUUGUUCGAAUUCCAACGCCUGCGAGCGUUCACCCUCAGUGGUUUCAAUUUGAGGGAGACCAGCUUAGAAGGAAUUGAAGAAUUACAGCAUCUACUCUUCCUGGAUCUAACUGAGUCCUCAGUACCUGCAGGGGAGCUCGAGAGACUCCAAGCAUUAACGAAGUUGAAACAUCUUUAUCUGUCCUCCUGUCAACUCACUGACAAGCAACUCAUAGGUCUUCUAUCGACGAAUAAAAAUAUUCAGGCAUUGGACAUCAAUUCAAAUCCUGAAAUCACAGAUCGUUCGAUGGAGCAAUGCUGUACCCUCCCCGAUGUGCGUAUCCUCAACGUGAUGAACCUACCACUUAUCACCGAUUACUACCUGGAGGAAUUGCGCAGUCUCACAGCUCUUAAUUGCCAAAACUGCCCCCUGGUCUCAGAGCCUGGCUUGAUAAAACUCCUUACUUUAGCUGAGAAUAUCAGAUAUCUCGACGUGAAAAAAUGUAGAGUCUCCAAUGAACUGUUGGAAGCAGCUCUAGAAGUAGUUAAGUCUCGAAGCACUAAGAAAUCGUUAGAAAUUUCUAUAGAUCGACCUCUGAAGAACAAAUGGGAGAGCUUGAAAUGCUCCUCUCCGUUAUUAAAAAUUACAGAUGGAACCGAGGAUGAUAAAUAAAAAAAUUAAUAUAUUACUAUGACAAAA